AUCCGAUCGUCGUCCUGGUAAGACGGAAAACAAAUUUGCGGCAGAGAACGAGGCGGAUGCAAUGGCGGCGGAGAAUAGUUAUGACUACAUCUUCAAGGUACUUUUUCUAGGGGAUUCAGGCUCCGGAAAGAACAGCAUUGUAUUUGAGACGAAUAACGAAAUUAUUUCGGCGAUAGGUAAGAAAAGUGUUGUUGAUAUAGGAAUAAGUAAGCCCUGCUUUUCCGCAAAUGCAAGCGUAACAGUUGAUUCCAGGGGUUGACUGCUUGACUAUUCGCUGCUGCUGUGGUAGGAUGAUAGUCGCAGCGGCAAAGAAAUAUAAUUUGUCUGAAACGAGCCAUGGCAUUUUUGCUUGUAAUUAUCGUGUACGUCAAACUUAGGCAAAAUGACAGCACUGAAAUGAAGAUUGCAACAUAUUCAAUAGUUUUAACACAGUACUGCCACUGAUUUGAUAUACAGUACAUUGAUAUUUGCCGUCCCACUUUUAUCAAACGCAAAAUAUGCAGAGUUAUUGACUCCAAAAAUAACUAUUAUGCCAUAGCCUCGAGCAGGAGCGGCUCCUGCCUCAACAGGUCAAACAUCAGCUACCAAAUAUAGAGUACAGGAUAGUCAAUAAGUACAAGUAUAAAGGUGUCAAAGCUUGGGAUAGGAUAUAUUUUUAAAUAACUUCAAAUGCUUGUUGCGUGACAUUGCCGCCUCCGAAAAUGACAACCCUCUGAUGGUAGAGACCACAAAAGUAAUUUUAUUUUUUGCAAGAAAUAAAGAUAAUGAUAGAUAACAAGACAUAUCGAACUGGUUCACGGAAUACCGUAGCCUUAAAAAGUAAAGUUUUUUUGCGGAUUUAUGCUAUUCUUACGCGCGCGCGACGUUCCCUAACUGAGAAAAGAGAAGGUCUGGGAACAGGCUAGCCUGCUCCGCAGACGAAAAUAAACUUUUGAUAUGAAGGAAGGCUCAAGUUCAUGAAGCCUGGUUCUCAUAUGCCGUCCAAGUACCUGCGAAUAUAGCUGCCGGUACUGCCUGCGAUAUUAGGGAACUUAAGAACCACGACGAAGUUCACGACGACGACGUCUGUUGACUGGGAAAGGACUGGAACGAGACAGUCAGUUUCGGCGGGAAAAAGGAAACUUAAGAUGCAGUCGACCGGUAGGUCGACGACGACGACACUGAAUGUAAACAAACAUGUAGAAGUAGUACAACUGUGAUGUUCGUUCGCAACAAAGUUUUUUUCGCAAAGGCGUCUUUUAAGACGAUGUAAGAUCUUAUUUUAUAAGCCGUACGUCUAUUUUCUUUGACGAUUGAAGAAUUUUUAGUGUUGUCUGACCUUUUCGAAUGGAAAAUCUCUGCUUUCCGUGCGAAGGUUAUUCAACUUUCAACCUGAAUGACAUGACCGAGUCCGAGUGUCUGUCAGAGUUUAGAUUUGGAAAAAGAGACAUUCCGAUGCGAUAGCUGUUUUCCAUAUAAAGUUCAUUUCCUCUAUAUUAAAGAUAUAUGAUUUGCCUGACCUAAAUACGUACAAAUAAAUUUGUCACUUACGAGUUCGCUCGCUGGCCUGCACCGCUCAGUGUUGUCUUCGAAGUAAACACAAUUCAUCGGUCAAAUUUUCAAUCAACAUCGCUUGUUAGCAGAAAAAAGAAAGGAUACCUGGAUUUACGAGGUGAAAAAAUACAAAGCCCUUGAAAAAUUGCUGAAAAACAGGGAGUUAUACCUGCCGAAGCUUGUGGACUGUAGGACGACGUGACUCUACUGUGUUUGGCGUCGUUGACGACACCACGACGACGAAAUUUGUAAACCGGGCUUGCGCAGUGCACGGUAUCUCACUUCCAGUCGUCGUCGACAAAGUCGUCGUCGUGGUUCUUAAGUUCCCUAUUACUCCAACAUAUGAGGAGGACGUAGACAUAAAUGCCGCCGGCAACAAGAAACAUCGCAGGUCAUUAACGACAGCUAUGUCGCAGGUAGCUCGGCGGCAUAUGAGAACCUAGCCUGCGUGGCAGGCGUUCGAAAGGGAAGGGAAAGGGAGUUUUGGGAAAGGGAGUUUUAGGCGCGAGAGAAAUGCGAGGGGCGCGCGAGGAGGGAGGGAGGGAAACGCCUGCUAGGAAACCAUUGUUUUUCUCUAAAUAGCGUGAUUUAAUUGGUCUCCUACAUGUCAUUUAGUAACUUGAGUGUUACCAUUCACAACUAAACAUUUGUCGUUAGUCAGGUCGUUAUUGAAGCGUGUUGAGAUUUCUCUACGGGAAUUCAUCAUUAGAAGGCGUCAAUUUCAGCUUCAAAGGAGAAUAGAAAAAAACAGUUAAAGAACCGUAUGAAGGAAAAGGCCUGUCAGCAGAUGAGGUUUACUAACUGGUUCUGAAAAGUAUUAUCCCCCAACGGCUUGUCGGUUUUACUCGCCAGAAGGAAGGAAGGAAAAAUCAUGCUGCCUGUGUGCUUGUUAUCUACUGUUUGACCCGCGUCAUCAACGGCAAGAUAAUUGAAGACGACGCGAUCUACAACUUUUGGCAAUUUUUGGUCGAGGACUUCUUCUUGCCAGUUAUAAAACCGCCAGGAACUUACUGUAAUAAUAAAUUGUUGCCUUCUUGCAGAUCUUCGAAGUUCAGCUCUUCUUUCCUUGCCACCAGCGUUCUUUAGUGUGCUCGAGGAUUUGACAUUUUUCAAAAAUUUGCCGUCAAAUUCCCUCCCCGCGGGCAAAUCAUUCCAGUCAAUUGCAACCAAAUUUCCCCACCCCGGGCUGCACAUUGCGGUCCAUCCCAAGGCUGGACCCAAGAAAGGCACAAUAAAAAUAUCUCCUAAUAAAACUCUGCAAUCUUUAUUUAUAAACGUUGCUGCAUCACCAAAGAUACAUGUUCUUAUUAUAGCUGCCAUUAUACGUUUUAACCAUUCAAUCCGUGUUUUGAUACACUGCGUAGAAUACAGAAACCUUUAGGAGAAAGUCCACAUUUUGUAAGUUUGAAUAUACCAUUUUUAGUAAAGGGUACAAAGAAAGUCAGUUUUAUAAGCUUUAUACAGUGAGUGUAGCGAAUGUCAGUCAUAGACUGAUCAAUUGUACAUACUUGCAAAGAUCGACUUGGUUUCUCUUUACUUCCGUUUACUUUGAUACCACAGUAUCUUAAAAGGUUCAAUUGAUCAAUACAAUGAAAUCCACUCACCUUUGGCUUGUUCUCGUUGGCUUCCAUGAUUUCCAGACUCUUCCAGACCGUACGUCGCGUGCGUGAAGCGUGGAAGAGGGGAAACCUAUUUUCGGUCUCAGUCUCUUUCGUCCGAGUCGGCAGUCAAGUAUCCCCACGUCGGUCCCACGUCGGGCGAAGAAAGAUUCAAAUAUUCCCUCUCCCGAGAUAACAAGAUCGGUCAAAUGUCCUACCCCAGGGCCAACAAAGACAAUCAAAUCCCCACCCCAUACCCUGCCUCCCUACCCCCCCGCCGGCUUUACAUUGAUAGGUGCAUAAUAAUCGAUAAACUUUUCAUACAAACUCUUAUAAUAUUUCUGUUACGCAACUCACUCGUGAGCUUGAGGUACCUGUGAAGAAAUGUACCAAAAAAGCGUCAUGCACGUGCAAAAUUGUUGUUUUUCUAAUCUAUUAAUUAACCUAUCACUUUUUUUGCCGUUCUCGUUACGGUCGCCGUCGUCGUUGCUUAAGCUCCCUAAUAAUACCGUAACUUUGAACGGCCCAUGUACAGUAUACCAGACACGUUUUAGCCACCCGAAAGUAGCGAUCCCCGUAAACCAGCAACCUUCCGAAAGGAGCAAUAGGAUCGGGCGGUAAGAGAAAGCCGCUUAAUCCGAGGGUCGUACGUAACGUUACUUUCGGAACUUUACGGUAUCUCAGUUUACAUCUGCACUGUAAACACAAAACAUUUUCAAAAAAAACUCGGAAUUUUGAGAAAAUUUCACGUUUCCACGUUUUGCAUGUCUUUCUGAGUCGAUGAGAAACGGAAGUAAAUACCAUGCUGUAAUACUUUUCAAGAACACGGGGAGAAGGCAAAAUAAAAUGGCAAUGUAUUUCAAAGUGGAGGAGGGGGAGGGGGGAGGGGGAGGGGGGAUAAACAAAUAUGAGAGAAACAAUUUUAGAGCCAAGUUCUGUCAAUGUCCGGUUCACUGAUAUUUUAGAUCUUACAAUUAAUGAGAUAACAAUUCACUUAACGUUGCAAUUGUAUGCAACGCUAGACGCUAGACGCUUAUAUGUUAAAUAAAUAAUUAACUAUACUAAAUGAAUAAAGCUUUCUGUUGUUAUUUGUCGAGACUGAAAACUGGCAUUGGGUCACGCACCCGUUAUUUUUCAGAUUUUUAGCUAUUGUUUAUAGGUAUUGAGCGAAAAAAAUUUCAACAUUCUCACUACUACUAAUUUUAAUAUCAACUUUCUUCUCACCACCUUCACCGUCCGUACUAAAACGUGUUGUAAUCUUCCAAGGGCUCUUGUCCCGCCACUUGAGAUAGCUUCAUUGCUCGAAUCUUUUUCCCGCUCUGAGACCUGGUAACUCUUCUUUGUUAAUCUGAACGUUCAUCAUCAUCAUCAGUUUUAUUUGUCCAUUAUAAAUUACAUUUUUACAACUGUUCUUAUUUCUUGUUAUCUGCUAUAACAAUGCAAUGUAAUGGCAGGAGAUCUCAGCAAGCUCUAUUGAGCUUCACCAGGGAUGUCAUUUCACUGUUCCCUGCUAGCAGAGGUCUCUCACGACGAGGCAAAAAUGAGAGAAAGGAGAAAGACCUCUGCCGGCUUCCUGCGUUUCCUAUCACGCAUGCGCUGGCGUUUCCUUAACAACCAGUGACGUUUUUCUCACGUGCGACACAACCCACAGAACCGGUUUGCGCGCAAAACGUCAGCUGAAGGCGCGGGUGUGUUGUGGAGAAUUCUUCGCAAUGUGAAACGAUGCCGGGAACUCCACAAUCUCGCAGAUUUGGGGAAAGCGCGUCACCUCGGACGCCCAUUAAACCAGCAGGGCCUGCCUUUUGUGUGGUUUAGAUUUUAAAAUAAGCGGGCAAAACACUUGGAGAUCCCUCAAAACAAAGAGCUUAGAGACAUAGUUUGUCGGCUGUUGGAGAAGACGCCUGACUUUGAUCGAGAAUCGACUCGCCUGUGUAAAAAGUGCUUUCGACGCAUUGAAGCCAUAUAUAAACGAAGCAAGGAUAUUGAAGACAGUAAACGGGAAAUAGUUGAACACUAUGAGGAAACAAAGGCGGUGUAUGACAUUUGCAGACUGCAGACUGCAGAUUGCAGACCGCAGACUGCAGACUGCAGACCGCAGACUGCAGACUGCAGACUGCAGACUGCAUGAGGCAGCACGACUGUAAAUUGAAUGAAACCAAAAAUGUCGUAAUAAAGGUGGCAUCAUCAUCAACAUCACCUUGUUCCGAGAAGUACAUGUAAGGCCUAGAAGCGAAGUUUAUAUUUUUCACGCAAAUUACACCGACCUCAUUCCUGAAGGAGUUGUUGGCUGCUCUUCUCGUAUUGAAUUAGAGCAGAAUAAUGUCUGCCGAUGUCAAAAACUUGCUCAUGAAUCCAUAGCAACAGGCUAGCAAUUUAGCCUGCACCACAGACGAAACUAUACUUUGGUUAUAUAAGUCAGUUGGUGAAACAGCGCCGGAAUCCUUAUUCUACGGGGUCCCCGCCUGUGUACUAGGAUUUGAGUAUGAGCAAUGAUUGGCCUGUUAAAAAAGCCAUUGUCGAUUGUUUACAUUAUUUAGCAUAUCCUUAAAUACUGCUAAGGUGAAAUACGUCAUUUAAAUUUGUUCAAUGUCCGUGAUCUAUCCUAGUUAUUUUUGUCGACUUAACUGUAGUGAGCACGAAGUGCUCGCAAUCUAAAAACUCUUUUUUACAGAAGACUGCUAUUUAGACAGGCAUUAGUGGGCAUUGCUAACUCUCAUUAUCAAUUCACAAUAAUCAAAGAAGAAUAAAGAAUCAACGCAAUUAUCGAUGUGCCGGAUGAGUCAAUAAAGAGUCGCGUCGGUGAAGAAUACUGAGCCAACAGCAUCUUGGAAAUGAGGCCAAUGUAUAACUUUGCGCAAAAAUAUCAACCUUGUUCCCAGGCUACUUUCUCACUUUCACACGAUGUUAUAUUUUUUAUGGUGUCACCUUUAUUAGGAAGAUUUUUGGUGUCUUUUAAUUUACAAUCUGCGAUCUGUGGUCUGCAGUCUGCGGUCUGCAGUCUGCAAAUGUCAUACACCGGUUCUGAAUUUUUAUCCCCUUUUUUUAUGAUACACUUUCUCUCUCCUUUCUCUCAUUUUUGCCUCGUCGUGAGAGACCUCUGCUAGCAGGGAAAUUUCACUGUUAAUUAUAGCGAAAUUCGUUGUAUCGCGCUGUGCGUUUUGCAUAUUUUGGGUUUUUCUGUUCCGUCAAUCAUCUUAGCGGACCUUUUAGGAAAUACAUGUUUACUUGCACGAGUUCAAAAGGUCAUGGUUUGUGAUUCGUGAUUGGUAGAUCUCGAUUCGUUUUGUUCGUUUCAUGUUUCAAGGUUCGUUGCUUUGUGAUCGUCCUGUUUCGGGCAAUAAUCGACUAGUUAAGUUUGCUUCGCACAUUUUUAUGACCUUUCUCAUUCUUGCCACUUGUAAGGAUAAAGCAACGUCUGCCUCCUUCCUUCGACAAAAAAUCCACUCACAAUCGGGAUCUCUUUUGUACAACCCAAUUGAUAAUUCGUCUGUCUCUAAUCAGUUUUUCUUUAAUGAGUUAGAUCCAGAUCAACAGUUUACUUUUUCUCCUCCUCCUAGUAAUUAUUAUACUGAGGAUGAAAUUAAUGCUAAGCUAACUAAUAGUUCAAAUUCUCCUUGCUUCUCUGUAUUUCAUAUUAAUACACGAAGCCUAAUCGGUCAUUUAGAUAAAUUUAAAUUCCUGCUUAGUCAUUUGCAAAAUCCAUUUUCUGCCAUAUGCGUAUCGGAAACCUGGCUAACUGAGCUUACGUCGGAUCAGGUGGAAAUACCUGGAUAUAAAUUUAUUUCGAACCACCGCGAUAGCAAGUCCGCCGGUGGAGCAGGUCUUUAUUUACUUGACGAUUUAGAAUACAAAUUAUGCCGCGAUUGUAAUUAUUCUGAACCUGAAGUGAUCGAAACUCUUUUUGUUGAAAUUAACAUUCCCAAUGGGAAAAAUAUUAUAGUUGGUACUGUUUAUCGUCCGCCUAAUUAUAACACUCGGGACUUUUUGGACAAAUUUAAUGAGAUUCUUGCUAAAAUAACUAGAAAUGACAAAUAUUGUUAUUUGGGUGGAGACUACAAUAUAGAUCUGUUUCACUAUUCCGAUCAUGCCCCUACUCAAGAAUUUGUUGAUAGUCUAUUUUCCCAUAUGUUCAUUCCUCUAAUCAAUAGACCGACUCGGAUCACUGCUCAUUCGGCCACACUUAUUGAUAAUAUAUUCACGAAUAAUGUAAGGUGUAAACAUUUCAAUGGUAUUGUUAUUAAUGAUAUUUCUGACCAUCUACCGGUUUUUGUUUAUGAAGUGGAUGAGACAGAAAUAGCGUCGAAAAAUAGCCAAACUAAAUAUCUCACUAAAAGAGAUUUUUCAGAAAGAAAUAAGAGCAAUUUUCGGCUCUCUCUUUCUCGUGUUAAUUGGAAAGUCGCCUGGAUAUGAUAACGUUUCAAUGGAUAUAAUAAAAAGCACCUUUGAUCUCAUUUCUCAGCCUUUGGCCAAUGUAAUCAAUUUGUCUCUUAUUAAAGGAGUAUUUCCUGAUGAACUGAAAAUUGCUAAACUGAUUCCGGUAUUUAAAGCUGGUGAUUCCCAGUAUUUCACUAACUACCGUCCAAUUUCGCUUCUUUCUAAUUUUUCUAAAUUCUUUGAAAGAGUUAUGCACAAUCGUAUUACAAAUUUUUUAGAUCGUUUAGAUAUCUUAUACUGUUGCCAAUUUGGAUUUCGUAAAAAAUAUUCUACAGCGCUGUCUUUAAUUCAUCUUAUUAAUAAAAUUGCAACUGCUAUUGACAGAAGCGAAUAUACAGUUGGCAUAUUCUUAGACUUAUCAAAAGCAUUUGAUACUUUAGACCAUCAAAUACUCUUGUCUAAGCUUGAGCAUUAUGGGAUUCAUGGGCUAGCACUUAGCUGUUUUCAUAUUAUCAUCAAUUACUGCCACCGCUUUUUUCGAACCUUUUUGUUACUAGUAGCAAUAUUCAUAAUUAUAAUACUAGAAGUUCCUCGCAUUUCCGUUCUCAUGCCUGCCGAACUAACACCAAACAAUUUUCUAUUUUGUUCCAAGGCCCUAAAAUUUGGAAUUCUUUACCAAACUCAGUCACUUCGAUUUUUACAUUGCAAUCGUUUAAAACGAAAGUUUUUGAUUUUCUACUAUAUCGAUAAUGCGUCUUGUACUGUCCGUUGUUGUGUGUUGUUAUAGUUCUAUUGCUUAAUAUUAUUGUAACGAGGGGGCCUCCUCGUACAAGCCUUGUGGUUUUCUGAGGUCCCCUCGCCACAUCUUUGUAUAAUGUAAUGCUUGUGUAAUCUUUAUUGUGGGAAAAUAAUAAAUAAAUAAAUAAAUAAAAUAAAUUUCCUUCGCUAUUCUUGAGCAGUCUAAAGUCAUUAGCCAAGCUGGGCGAGCAAGUUACAUUAUGAUUUGCAUUAACCCCGCCUUCACUAAUAUGAUUGACGGAACAGAAAAACCUAAAAUCCCUUCUAAGUUUUCAAAACGCGCAGCGCAAUACAACGAAUUUCGCGGUAACCGAAUCGAUGUUUAAAGGAAGUGUCAAUGAAUGUGUUGGACCCCCGUCCUUCGGCAUAAAGCUAUACCAGAAAGUGUUGACUCAUAAACUUAUGAGUUUUUGACUGUGCCCCGUUGCGUGAUGCUGAUGUUCUCAGACAUUUGCAUAGCUACAAUUUUCGCUUACAGUAUUCGUUAUUUUCUGUUUUUUUGUCUCUAGGAGUGGACGUUCGGGUAAAAGCUAUUGAGCUUCAGGGAAAGAAGAUUAAAUUGCAGUUGUGGUAUGCUAGUUUCAAUUGAUCUUUUUAUACUGGCUUUUACAAGUUCCUGUUUUAUGGCUGUCGGCUUAAGUUGUGCGGGCUUUUUUACCGCUAACGGUGGGUUAUUCUUUUGACUUUACCGUUACAGUUAACAAAAGUAAUUUCCUUUGUUAUAAACAGUUGAAUAGGAAUAGACUUUUAUUCGUUAUACUUUUAAAGCAAAACAACCUUGGGAGUUCCCUGUUAGUUCCUUGGUAUUUUGCGGGGGGUGGGUGGGGGCAGGGACGGGAAGCCCACCGAAUACAAGAGAGAAUGAGCUCAUUCAUUAGGGAGCUUAAGCAGCAACGUUUUUGAGCGACGCACGUCAACCGGAAGUGAGGUAUUUUCCCUCUUAACAUGCCUUGAUGACAUAAAAUUUGUAUUCCUUAGUUUCUUUACUGUUAUAGAGGCGAUUUGACUGAAAAUUUGCGCGAAACCACCGUCAAAAAAUGAAAAAAGGCCACUUCCGGUUGACGUCCGUCGCUCAAAAACGUUGUUGCUUAAGCUCGCUAUUAUCUCUUGCUGAAUACCAUGGAAACUGCUAAACGGGAAUCUGCUAACCGGGAAUCUCGGGAAGAAGUGAGUAAUGAUGGGCUCCUGUUGGAGCAUACUGUAAAAGCUUGGAAAUAACAAUAGAGUGACACCAUAAACUACUGAGGCUUCCGGGGAAGGGGGUUUUUGUUCCCUCACGUUUGAAGUUUCAUACUAUGCGUUUCCUUUCCAGGAAAGGGCCAUCUACAAUUUAAAGAGGAGCAUUCCCUCGUGGGCCAAUUCUAAAUGCCUGCAUAUACCUGUUGGAAAAAACGUUUUUGAUUGAAAACUAUAAACUAUGAAUUACAAGGCUUCAAGGAUUUCUGGGCGGGUAUUAGCAAAACAAAUUCAAAACUUUUUCUAGAAGAGCUUAUAUAUUAUCCUGAUUAUCACGAGCUUCUCGUGCAAAUAUAGAUCCCAGGUUUACUUUGUUUGAGAUAUGCCAGCUUCUUUUUAGCUCAUUCAGAAAACUAUUCGAUCUCAUCUUAUGAUUUUCAAGUCUACGUUAAGUUACAAAAUUUUCUCCUGAACGAGGCUAAAUAUGCAUUAUCAUACAAAUUUUUAAUUUGUUAGUUUAGUUCAUCGCAUGUGAAGGUCUAUGUUUGUCCCAGACUCGCGGGGUGGGGGGGGGUUACUCCCUAUGAUGGCCUAUACGGGGAGGCUCCGCCCGAAAGGGGUACGGUACCAUUGUCAGGCAUCAGGUAUAUGAGAGGGUAGGGAUUUUACUCAUUGAAAUAUACGGAAGGGAAGGAAAAAAUGUCUUUUGGGUCAUGAAAGGGCCCAAAGGGCUAACAGAUAAAUUUUAUGGCUUUGUAAAGUAGAGAAAAGUAUAUGAGAGGGUAGACUAUCUGUCAUUUCGUUCUGUAAAAAGACUAACAGAAGAAAUUUGUGACUGUAAAAUUGUCAAAAAAAUUAACUGGUUUCUGAUUCCUUUAUAUUAAAAUGACAGUGCAUAUAAAACAGUUAACAGGAAAGAUGCAUGUAAGGGGUUGGACCUCACAACGUGUACAAAAUUUUAUUGUAACAAUGCAAUGUUACAGUUGAGAUUGGAAUUUUACUUUAGUCACAAAACGAAUCAAACAUAUAGGAAAUGUCACAUGCACAUCACCUUUGAUUGUCAGCAAAUGUUAUGCAGUUCACUAUAUUUGCUCCCCUUGCAAAUAUGGAUAAUUAUGAUGCAAAUGUGCAAAUUUAUGAUAGAGCCAAAUGUCUUAAAUGCUCUUAAGGCAAAUACUAGUAAACCACAAGCGAAAGUAUUCUUUUGGUAUCCUGGAAAAACAAGUGCAAACACCACUGCAAAUUAGGGGUUUUGCAAUAUUUUUGCUUGCAUUUGAAGUACAGUGAAAACUGUCAUCUUUGCCAGGGAUGUAAAUUUGAGUAAAUUGGUAGAAAUGUUGAAGAUUUGCCCAUGCUGCAAAUAUGUAUCAAAUUUGUAUCAAACCAUUUCAUUUACUUGACUUUUGCGUAUCAAUACCUAUCUAGCAAAUAUAUGUAUUUGCCCACACUUUAGCCGACAGCGCAAAUGUAAUGCAAAUUUGGAGCUCCAAAUUUACCACAUAUUUGCACCUUUCGAAAACAUUAGUAAAUCCGUUUUUUCGUCCAGUGCUAUUUAAAUGACAGUGCAUUUACAGUAGUUAAAAGGGAUGCAAAGUUCUAAACAAGAUAUGAGGGUAAGAGGUUGGACCCCGGGGCGGAGCCUCCCCUGACAAAAAUUUGUUGAGUACCCCCCGGGCCGCGAUCUUCAGACGUUCUAUCCGCCGUCCGUAGAAGACGGACAGAACGUCUUGGACGAUCCAAACUCAUCCAGACAAAAUUAACUGAGCCAGACGUCGAAGUUUUCAUGACUUUCACUCACUAAGUAGGUUCAUAUCAUGAACAGUCCGGCGUUUGGCCUAGGCCUAAGAAAACUGGAAACCGUUGGAACCUUGUUGGAAUGCAUCGGUGCGAGAAGAUCAAGAUGAUGUAAGCUUGCAUUUUCUAGAAAUAACUUGAAAUUUGCAAUGGUAAUAAACGUUCACCCAUAAAUCCAUUAGGUCUCAUCGGUCAUGGUUUAUAGUUUUCAGGUGACAACUUUUUGCUUUAAUCAGGUGUGCAUGUAAAAUGCCGUUGAAUGGUCUUUGUUCCGGCUUACCUAUAAGAUAAAUACAAUGGACACAAGUGCAACACAUUUCCUGAUUCCUAGUCAGAAAAAAAAAAAAUUGCAGCACCCCAGACGCCAGAGCCUCGCCAUUACAAGUUCCAGCACUCGUGGGUGACAAAAUGACCUGUCCAUGUAAAAAUACAGAUGCUUGCUUUCCACACUGUCAAAACGACAACCAUUUUGUCUGAUACUUACUGUCCAUUAGUUAAUUUUUAAGGGCUCUCUCAUCAGUUGCCAAGUCGUGGCACGAUACUUAAAUGCAACAAAAAGCGACUAAAAGCGCAACAAAAAGUGACUUUGUGAUUACAUGACAACCGAGCCAACCCGGCUAACUGGGACAUUACAUAAUUUUCAUCCAUCUUUUUAAGCCUCUUUAAAAUUUGUUAACGUUAAUUUCAUCAGUGAAGAGAUGGUUUGGCAAAUUAUCCCAGUCUUUGACGAUUCUCACAAAGAAGGAGUACUUAAAUGAGUUAACUUUAGCUAAUUUAGUUUGUAUUUUGUAUAGAUGGUUGGCUCUAGUGUUUUUACUUCAAUACUCGAAAUGGUCAUUAUAGUCUAGGCCAUUUAGACCAAACACUGUCUUGUAGCAUUCCACUACAGACAGGUAUUCUCUUCGAUGCUGAAGUGCGUUCCAGUCUAGCAAUAUACAUCGUUCUUCAUUUGACAUCUCCCGUGGUUUUGACCGAGAGCGAUUCUCGAUGCUCUUCGUUGUACUUUUUCGACUGCCAACUUUUCUUUAACUAAAUAGGACGACCAUACCGGGCAUGCGUAUUCUAGUAUUGGUCUAACCAAGGACUUAUAGAGCAUAAUCAGAGAAAAUUUCUCUGUUCUUGCGACCAACUGUACGCUUUAGUAGGCCCACCACUUUGUUUGCUUUAUUUACGAUGGCAUCCACUUGCUUCGACCAGGAUCAGUUUCUUGACACAAACACCCAGGUCCUUGCAUGAGGUAACUGAUUCUAAUUCUGUAUUCGACAAGUGACAAGGAUGUUUACUUUUGUCCUGCUAAUGCGCUGUUCUUGCAUCACUUCGCGUUUCUGAGGAUUAAAUUUAAUUUGCCACUUUCUUGUCCAGUUUUCCAGGCAAUCCAAAUCCGAUUGUAGUGCUGGUGUAUCCUCAGCAUUAUUAAUUUCACGGUAAAUCCUUGUAUCUUCAGGAAACAUUUUAAUAGAAGAAGUAACAACAUUUGGUAUUUUGUUUACGUAAACUAAGAACAAUGUGGGCCCGAGGAUUGUGCCUUGGGGAACACCAGAUGUCAUUAGGGACCAAAUCGAGAACCUUCCACUUAUUACGACUCUCUGUUGUCUAUUUUUUAGAAAGUUUCUGAACCAUAGCAACGGAUGGCCAUCAAUACCAUGUCGGUUGAGCUUAAGCACUUGACGCUCGAGAGGCACGCUGUCAAAUGCUUUUGAUAGGUCUAGAAAAAUGACACCUGUUGCCUACGAGCUAUUUCUUGUUAAGCACCAUUGGUGAUAACAACUUAGCAGUUCUGCAAGCGAAGAUUUCCCUUUUAAGUAACCAAACUGAUUUGGAUUUAAGACGUGGCGAUCUGACCAGAUCUAGAAAGCUGUAACUCGGGAUCGUACUAUAGAAUACUCCGCCACUUUGCAAACAACAGAGGUUAAAGAGAUUUGACGGUAGUUCUCUUUUUGUGCUUGUGUCCCUUUUUGUGAAUUGGUGUAAUGCUGGCUAUCUUCCAGUCUGUUGGCAACAACAACCCAGUGGUAAAUGAAUUGUUUAAAAAUGCACUCAAAGGAGUUGACAAUUCAUGUGCACAUUCUUUCGAGAUGCGAGGUAGGAUCAGAUCUGGCCCUGUGGGGACUUGUGAGCAUUCAGUGUGUUUUCAGGUAUUUUUCCACUUCGCUGGUAGCCCCGAGAAUGAUGCUCAAUUUAUCGUUUAUUAUGUUGCCAAAUUCGGGGUAAAUUACUUUGUUCUUGUGUGAAUACAGAUAAAAAAUAUAAGUUCAUUUCUUGAGCUAUACUUUCAUCUUCCGUAAUUUCCUUUCCAUCUUUUUUCAAAAGCACCAAGUCGUUUGUUCGUUUUCGUUUCGAUUUUAUAUAGUUCCAGAAUGGUUUAGCAUUGUUGUCUGUUUUCAGUUUUUCAUUUCUUUUUUAGUAAGCUAUUAGGGUUCUUGUACAGACUUCUUUUCUUCCUAUAAAUUUUAAAAAGAUCUUUAAGUUAUCCAUGGUGCUGUGAGUCGCUUCUUUUGCCUGUAUUUUGGAAUGCAAUCAUCAACUGUGGCGAAGAAAAUGUCUUUACAUGCUGUCCAAUCGUCAUUAAUAUCUUCGCCUGCCUACAAUCGUGGACAAGUCUUGGGACACUAUGCAUUUCUAGGGCGUUUUCCAAUUCACACAGGUCCAACCCCUCCCCUCACUCCGCAAACAAUGUUGGACGCGUGUAUCCAGAAUUGUUUUCGAGUAUAGGGUGAGGGGGAGUUUGUCUAAAUGUCGCGGGUCGCGACUCGCGGGUAGAGGUCGCAGGUGCGGGUGCGGGUGCGGGUGCGGGUAAAGGCCGCAGGUAAACAUAAAUCACCAAAUUUAAUAUAAAAUUAUCAAUAAAAUAAAGGAAAAUUUGAUUAUGUUUCAAAGAAGAUUUGCAAUACUUUUUUUUUGGUCCUCUGGUCAUAACGAGGAAGUCUAGUUAUUUAAAGCUGACUAAGGGCGAUGAAAAGGAAAAAGUCACUAAAGAAAAAUCCACAUGCUUAAAACUACAUUGGCUAGUUAAAUUUGCCCCAAGUAACCGAGAUACCUGCAUUUGGGAUUUGUAGGGGAGGAGGUUCAAGCUUUGAUAGAGAAAAGAAAAGUAUUUCGGGUUCACGUUCUCUCCAAAGCUUGAAUUUAGCUUGAAGUAGUCAUUUUAUGCAGCUGUUUUGCAGACUGCAUGACUUUUUCAAAAGUCAAUAGUUGGCCCUUUGCUGACCUCUAUAUUACCUAUAUGUAGCAGCGAAGUGAAUUGAAAAGGGUGUGUAAAAAUUCAGUGCCCGCUUUAAACAACCGAAACCCCAUCGGACUGAAAAACGUACUUUAAUUAAUACUUCUUUUUUUCAUUUUUCUGCAACCCAAGACAAAUAAAAUUAUUUUAGGGUCAUAAAUGCGUAAUCUGCCUGUUGGUUUUUGAUAAUUACCAUGUUGCGAGUGAUCAGCCUUAAAUAAUGUUUCCUCCAUGCCUAGUACAUUUCUCUCUUCAUUUUCGAGUGAUGGAAAAAUCAAAAUUUCGUCAAGAAUCCCCCGCCCCCCCCGUGGCCAAGACCUGAAAAUGGCAAGUGAAACCAGGGUUUAGCGCUGUGAUAGGUUAGAAAUGAAAGAGUUAGAAAUAGCUGUUACAUUUAACAAGACCAUAUAAUACUUCAAUUAGAACUUUUGUUGUUUUUCAACAACGAGCCCUUGAAAAUUAAAUAAAAAGAAAUGAUUAAGUCCUCCAGCAAGAUCUUACAAAAGUGGUUACUUUUUUGACAAAAACAAUCUCCCCUCUCCUUGAACUACAUUCUUGACCACCCACUAUGUUUUCUCUCCCCUUCUUGACCCCUUCUUUAUUCAGUGUAAGCGUCCGCAGUGUCAGCUUAUAUGACAUGUCCACUUAAAAGAAGUGGUUUUCUGUGUAUAUAUAUGAAGACAUAAUUUGGUUCAUCGAAAAUACAGCUUUGAUUUUUUUUAUGAGACUUGCGUGUACUUACUUCGUCAGCAAAAAGUAUGAAUCGAUAGUUGUCAUUCGUCGUUCGUGCUCAAUUUUGGCGCGGCCGCACGAAGAACUUGCCGUCCUGGUAAAUCGAAUUUUUCCCACGUUACUGGCGGCUUGAUCACGGCAACAAUACCCGUGCACGUGGGUAAAACUCUCAUUCACAGUUCUGAUUUCACAGAGUGACAAAAAGAAAGAAUAUUUCAAGUUUUACUUCGAUCGAUCGAUUCUUCAUCCUGAUGGAGUCGAUAGUUCCGUUGCGUUUUUGGGGGCCAUACGAUUAGCGCUGAUCGCAUGGCCCCCCAAAUAUGACAACAUAUGUAUUAAGAUGUUUCUUAUGACGUCCGUUUACAGCAUAUUAAGUUAUUAUUCACUUCUAUCGGAAUUUUUACUUACGCAGAAAACGUGUGUUAUAUACAGUUCUUUAUUAGUUGUAUUCAUUCCCUGAAGAAGUCUCAGUAAGAGACGAAACCUGUCGGAAAUAAACGAAAAAGCUGACAACUACAAGAAGUCUUCCUUUGCGCUGCUGACUAGUCUUCGUUAGAAAAGUUAAAAAAAGAAAUUUUUGUUUGGUUGUUUAUUUUAUCUUUUGGUUAAAUUUGGUGAUUUAUUUUUACCCGCGACACUUACGCGCACCCGCGACCUUUACCCGCACCCGCACCCGCACCCGCGACCUCUACCCGCGACAUUUAGACAUACUCUCCGUGAGAUGUUACUGUGAAACUCACAAAACCGUGAACACCAGAAAUAUUUAUGGAAUGUUAUUGUGUUGCGAGAAAUAAGCCAAUAAGAUGCAAAAUAACUAAACCGCAAACAGCAACGGUAAUUAGUUUGCGGUUUUGAGGUUUGCCUGCGUAUCCUGAACUUUAUUGUGAUUGGCCAGUGCCCAAUCAACAUUCCUGAAAUUUUUCAGGUGUUCACGGUUUUCUGAGUUUGACAACAAGAUUCUAUAGAAAAAUUAUUAAGGUUUUAGAGUGAGUACUGUUGGUGAGUUCCGUCGAGUUUUGCAAAUCAGUUCAAAGUAAACUAACUUGGUUGUUUACUUAGUUCGUGACAAAUAUCACGCAACGUAGUUUUUGUUAGCAAAUUAACACAAUUCAAUCCGGUACAAUUCUCGUGAAGUCAGCGAAAAACUGUUUAAUUUUGCUAUGAAUCAGGCGUAUUAUGAAACAACCGCUUUUUUUUACAUCACAGUUGCAUUAGCUCCUGUCGUAUUUUUUGUGUUGUACAAAUGACAGAGACGGCUAUUCAUAUAGAUUUUUUCACGGCCGUUCUAUCUUUUGGAAAACGUUAUUUUUUUACUUCCAAGCCUGCUGGGUUUUUUGACAUUCGUGGUGCUUAUGUUGACAUCUCUGAGUAAUUUUUAUACCGGGUAAAACACCUCGUGCUUUGUCGUAUAUCCACGACUCUAGCUCUUUGGCCUGCCGAAAUUCUUACUGUGUGUACACCAUAAUGUUAGUGACUCGUUGCUUCCCUUAACUGUUUUCGGACGUGAGUCUUGUUGCUGCGGAGCGACCAUACGGAGCAGGCAGCAACAUAAUCAGGAUUUAAGGGAAAUAUAUAAGUUGGUACGAAUUCUCGAAUUCAUCACUUUUUACCACAAUGCAUUGCAUUUAACCACACUUUUUACCACAAUGCAUUGCAUUUAACCAGAGUGCACUGCGCUCCUUUUUACCAGAAUGCUUUGCGCCACGAACAACUCAAAUAAACAAGGGGAAGUUCGGUGGGUUAGAGUGCAUCGUUCGCUGCCUAGAUUUAGGGUUUUCUUUGUGGCAAAUUUCCUACAGCACGGUUAGAGGUCUUACCAAAUUUAAGACACACAGGAGUCUUUCAGAUGAGUACGAUGGUUAACAUGGGGAUUGGAUUUCAAUUCAAGAGCCUUUGUGUGUAUGUAUGUAUGUAAAUCUUUAUUUAAACACGGGAGAUCAUCAGUUAAGCUUAAGUUAAAAACUAAAACUAAUUACAACUGCUUUACAUGAUUGCCGUGUGGGAAUCCGAUAUAUCAGCUACCUUCUUGUUAUUUCGCUUAAAAUGCUCAACGGAUGCAGCAUUUUUUAAGUUUUUGGGCAAGUUAUUCCAUAACAUGGCCCCGCUGUAAGAGAAGCUUCGUUUCAAAUAAUUGGUGCUUGGUUUGGACAGGGUCAGCCUUCCCUCAGAGUUUCUUAAGUUGUAAGCAGAGUGACGCUGAGAGAAAAGACUUUGUAGACAUUCCGGAGCAAGGUCAUUCAUGGUUUUAUACAUCAUUAAGGCUUUUUGUUUCUUUCGUCGAAGAGAUAGCCUCUCCCAGCUGAGGGUGGAGAGAAGGUGGUUUGAGCUCGCAUGAAAGGGUGAUUUAGUAAUAACUCUGACUGCACGAUUCUGCAAUUUUUGGAGCAUAUCACUCAAGUAACCACUCAAACAGUCCCAGACGGGGCUGCAGUAAUCAAAAUGAGGCAUAAUUAAGGCGUUAUAAAUUUGAAUUGCAGUUUCUUUGGAUAUAAAAGGCCGAACACGUUUUAGGGCGCCUAUAGCUGAAGAGACUUUCUUGCAAAUCUCUUCAACGUGUUUACCCCAAGAGAGUUGAGCAUCUAUGGGAGGACCCAAGGAUUUGGUAUGAUCGACUCUCCUUAUAAUUUGGUCAUCAAUUCUGAUUUCUACAUCGUCACAUUGGGCAGAUAGUCUUUGUCUUGAUCCAAUAAUCAUUAGCUCUGUUUUAGCAACAUUUAGACUGUGCUUGUUAGCUUUCAGCCAACAGCUAAGGUUAUUUAAUUCAGGGGUUAGAGCUAGCUUAAGCCCUGUUAACGUCUUAGCAGAUAACUUAAGGUUGGUGUCAUCGGCAAACAUUCUUGGUACGGCGUCCCGCAGAGAGUUGGGAAGAUCAUUAAUGUAAAUUAAAAAUAGCAAAGGACCCAAUAUGCUACCCUGCGGCACGCCGCAACUGAGGGUACGAGCAGAUGAUAGUUUGCCACUGACAUUACAUCUUUGGGUUCGGCCACUUAAGUACGACUAGAACCAUUUUAUGGCUGCCUGAUCGACACCCAAGUAUGACAUCUUACGCAAGAUGAUCUCAUGAUCAAUGGUAUCGAAUGCCUUAUUAAGGUCAAUAAAGACAACGCCAUUUAGAAGGCCAUUGUCGAUGUUUACUGACCAAGCAUUUGUUGCCUCAAGCAAAGCCGUGAGCGUACUAUGUAGAGAACGGAACCCUGAUUGGCAACCUAGUAGCAAUUUAUUAUCAUCUAGAUAAUGGAAAAGUUGAUAAUAAACAAUUCUUUCAAAAACGUUCGAAAUUAUAGGGAUUACAGAUAUUGGCCUGUAGUUGUUAGGGUCCGAUUUAAUGCCCUUUUUAAAAAGUGGAGUCACUUUGGCCAAUUUCCAAUCGUUUGGAUAUAUCCCAGUGAGAGCAGACUUUGAGAAUAUUGCAUGAGGCAAGAGAGGGUGCGACGAUAUUAGCAGCCAUUUUCAACAAUUUACUCGGAAUCAUAUCAAGACCGGUGGCUUUCUUUUCAUCAAUUUUCGACAAAACGUGAGAAAGAAUAUCAACACUCGGAAUUUGCAGAGAAAACGAAUGGUCAGUGGGCUCUAAAUAAGACUCAGGAUUAGCAUCGACAACAGGAAUAUCUUGUGCUAAUACUUGCGCAACGUUUGUAAAGUGAUCGUUAAUAGUUUCCACAAUGUCCAUAGGGUUACUUGCUAUUUUAUUAUCUACCUUGAUCUCCAAAAUAUUCGUUGACUUACCACUGUUACGUGAAGUUAGCUCGUUGAUAACAUUCCAUGUUUUGCGCAAAUUACCUUUGUUGGCUUCCAAGUUGUCAGAAACAUAGAGUUUUUUUGCGAGUUUAAUUGCGUUAUUUGCCUGGUUUCUUGCACACCUAAAUUGAUCCCAUAUAGCCGGGUUAUUGGAGGAGAUUACCUUCGUUUUAAGGAAAUCUCGUUUUCGGAUUUUGCUCCGAUUUUGCUUUUGCUUUUCGGAUUUUGCUUUGACUCGUCCAGGCGUUAAACCUGACGAGAAGAUGAGCAUUGGGUUUUGCUAAAAGUAGGCCCGCGACGGCCCAACGGCCCGGCGGCCCGGAGGCCCGACGGCCCGGCAGCCCGGCGGCCCGGUGGCCCAGUCUUGAUUUUCCACAGUUUUUGGCCAGCGGUAAAUCCACGCGCAUGCACAGAUCUGCAUCGGGUUUGGGCGUGCAAAAUGGACGACGGUGAGUUUGAAUUCGUUUACCAUUUUAAUAAUCAUUUCAAUCCUUUUCGAUCCUUUCUUUCCUUGCCCAGGGCGCUUACCGUAUUCGAAUAAAUACGGUAUUUACAUCGACGGAAAGCAAUGUUUGAUAACAGGCUCUCCUUUUGGGGUGGGGUUCCUGUAAAUAGACCGACAUGUUUCUGUUUAGAAAAGAUUCGCAGUUCACAUAUCCCAUUACUUAUGAUAUUUUCACUUUCAAAUUAUAAUGGUUUGAAAAUAACUUACAUCGUUUGAUAAUGAACGUCCUCUAUAGGUUUCUGUAAAUAGACGAAUGAACAGAGAAUGAAAACGUUCUUAUCUGAACAACAUGCAACAAACAGAAACAAGGAUUCAAAUGAUUAAAAUGGUAAACGAAUUCAAACUCACCGUCGUCCAUUUUGCACGCCCAAACCCGAUGCAGAUCUGUGCAUGCGCGUGGAUUUACCGCUGGACAAAAAAAAACUGUGGAAAAUCAGGACUGGGCCGCCGGGCUGCGGGCCUGCUUUUAGCAAAACCCGAUGAGCAUUUGCUCUGCGACUCCGCAACACGGGGGAUAUACAAAUUCCAGCUCGCUAGAAGGUGAUGUGAAAGUGCGAAAAUGUCAUGCCAUGCUAUUCUUAAGAACCUGCAUGAGCCGAAGAUGGAUGUGAUUUUGACCAUUAGCUUCAAAAUAACAGCGGAAAUCGAGAUAACAAAACAUACAUUUUGCGUCCUACUUUGCAGUCGAGAACGUGUAUCGGCGUUUUGAAAAGAUAAUUAUGUUCUUUCAUUCAUUCAUUGCCAUGGAAAAUGCGUUUACAUUGCCUUUUUACUGUUGAUAGCUCGGUUAAUGCGGCUGGCGAUCAUCUUGCCGGCGGAAGUUUCAUGGACAAGGGAGUAAAUUAAAGACUUUUCCCCUAAGUUACGUAAUUAGCCUCUGUGGUGUAGUGGUUAGGUGUAGUGGCGUCGAGCCCUAGGUGCCGGAUUCGGCUUCUACUCUACUCUUUUUUUCCUUCUUUCUUUUUUUUCCCGUUUUUUGUGUUAUUGUUUUCUAUAAAUAUAUACCUAAAUAACUGUUAUUUAAUAAAGUGCAAUAAACAAGUAUCGUGUUUUCUGAGAAAAGAUAGUACACCCUAUAAUAAAUAUAUGGAUAAACAAUCUGAAUUUCUAUCAUUUGUGACCCUCCACGGGAAUUUGAUGCUAAAAGUGAAAGCACGCUCACGACACGCUUGCACGACACGCUUAGCGUGCCGUAGAUCACGGAUAUGCGCAUAUUAAAUUGAAAAAACAAAGACGGACACACUUGCCUUUGUUUUGGUAAAUUUAACACGCUAGGCCUCAUGUUGUUUUAAUUUAGUCCUCAAGGCACCACCAAGUUUCAGGAGGGUGACAAAUCCACUCGUGCAUCAACGUAAAAUAGGCAUUUAAAAGACGCAGUAAACUAGCGCGACAUAAUAAAAAAUUAUUUUCGCGCUGCUUAAAUAAUAGUCUGCUACACAACCGUUUUCAGUGGAAGGAGCGUUGCGUGACGACACUAAGGCCCGGUUCAGACGCCGCUCCACUCAUGUGCAGUUAGGUUCGACUUUGGAGCGACAUUGGCGCGACAUCUGAUUCAGACGGCGCACCGUGUGUCGAACAUAAUCUUUAUUUCAUGUAGGGACUUAUGGGAAGAUUUAUAAAUUACCAUAAUGUAUGCAUUUGAUUCGGCACAUGAGAAGAACGCCGUAUGAAUAACCUGCCGCUCCAAUGUCGAAUAAUGCGACAGACCCUGUCGAGCUUAACGUUUUUGCCGCACCAAAUCAAAACUGCCGUACCAAACUGAUUCAGACGCCGCUCUUUUGCCGUACUUAAUACGAUGACGCUAAAUCGGUCGCCGUAACUUCAUAGCGCGAAUGUUUGUUUAGAUGGUUGUAAAACAGACGGCAGUCACAAGAACGACAACAGGAUGAUUACGGAAUUUGGACAAUAAGACUGAAGCAUACGCGAUGUAAUAUUUCAAGAAGAAUGUGACAGUUUCGUCAGUAAACAUUUCUGGAAAGAACUUUGAUUUUGCAAUGCUAAUAAAGUUCUACCCAUAAAUCCAGUAGGUCCCACCGUUCCCUGUUUAUACUUUUCAAGCGACAACGUUUUUUCAGUCAGAUACUAUCGCUGCGAUUGCUUAGGUAGAACUUUUUCUUUCUCGAUAGUUACCAAAAAAAUGGUGCCGGUCAUAAUCAUUUACGGUUCCUUUUUGUAGAGGAAAUUUAUUUAGCUUAUAGAUAACACUCCAUGCGUGCUUUGAGCACACUGAAAGCUUGUUGUUCUUUUUCGCACGGGGCUUUUGUUUGAAAAACUUUAACACGCUCUUUUGUUCGACUUGCUCACGCUCAAUUGUUUCAAGCGUGUCCUCUGAAACAAAAGAAAUUCCUAAUGAGGCAAGAUUGCAAGCGUACUAAAGCGUGUUAAAAUAAAUUCUUUUGUUUUAAAGUGAAAGCGUGUCGUGCGCGUGCUUUCACCUUUAGCAUUAAAAUCCUGUGGAGAGUCACAUUUUCUACAGUUUACUGUGGGCAAACCAGAGUUGAUAACCACUUGAUCAUUUUCUAAACAACGUCUCCACGAGUUCUUUCUGUAGACUAAUAGUAAUUGUUACUUUCCAACAUCUAAAUAGGACAUUCAAUGUCAUUUUCUAUUCUUUUAAGUCUCACUGCCUAAUGUCAGUAUCAACAGAAUGUGCCGCAGCAUUACUAUCUUUUAGAUACCCUAGUUUAAAGUUAUGUUAUCCUUCGGAAGAUACCACAAUUUCUGGUGUAUAUUAUCCGUUUCGAGCGAAUUCUUCAAACACGUUCAAAAAACUCCGAAAAGCUGGGAAACGGUUUGUUUAACAACGAUCCCGCGGGGAGUAUUGAAAUAGAGAUCUGAGGUGACUCCAAUCUGCUUUGUUGAAGGCUUAAACAAACUUCUUAGAAAUACGACUUAUAGAAGGCGCACUCUUUAGGGUGAAGGUGAUGGAAUUGUGAUCAGAAAAGGGUUCACCUACCACAACAUUGCCUAUCAAGUCAACGUUAGUAGUUAAAACAAGGUCCAGUGUGUUUUGAUCCCUCGUAGGUUCGUCCACUAGUCCACUAGUUGAUGCAAGAAGUUGUCCUGAAUUAUGUAUGUGCAAGAGUAGUGUAUUUUGCUCCAAGCACCUUAGUCAUCGAUUCGGUUGGCCUGGCCCAGUCAAAUUCACUUAAAUAAACUCUCUGAUUAAUAUCAUGUCCGUGGUGAUGUUACUGAUAGGAAUUUUGGAGUCAUUGCAAAACUUUUGGGUUACUAUUGGGCGGCCGGUAAAAUACUUCAUACAUCGAUAAACAAUAACUCAGAUUCGCAGGCGAGGUCUUCCCUCGAGGAAGCCUUAUUACACCCUUUGGUGGCACUUAGUACACCACCACCAAAACGUCCUCUUUGCUGCCUAUGUUUCAGUCAUUUUUUUCGGAAAACCGUCUUUGCCCCGUGUUGAGAAGGCAGUGUUGUUGUUCUUGUAGGGAUACAGCUGGCCAAGAACGCUUCCACUCAAUGACAACGUUAUACUAUAGAGGAGCGAUGUUAAGUGGAAUUAUUUACUUUGAGAGGUAUUCAGUUUCUUUUGUGCCAAGAAACACCUUACCUUAUAGAAUCAUUUCAAACCUCAGAAGUUAGAAUAAAAAGAACAUCAGUCUUACCGUAACUUACUUAAAACAUAUUAAUUUAAUACCCUUUCAAUUCAGCAUCAGUCAUCAUUAAAAAAAUUAACAUGUUUUUUAUUUUUGCAGGGCAUUAUGCUUGUAUACGAUAUAACCCAGGAGAAGACAUUUGCAGACAUUUCAAAUUGGCUACGUGACAUAGAAGAGGUACAAUUAAGGCUAUGGUAACCUUGGCAAUCCAUAAAAGUUUCAUUCUCAUUUCAUUUUUUUGUUUCAUUCCAUUGAAGUAGUACAAGAAAUAUCACAAAUUUCAUUUUCCUAUUCCCAACAUACGAGAGAAAUAACGUAACUAAACUCUAAGAAUUUGAUGGAAAAAAUAGAAAAAAAUGAUUAAAUUUUUGUAAAAUCCAACUAGUGGUCUAUUAUCAAUGCUGCGUUCUGAUUGGUUGUGACAGUUUUAUUAACUCUCAUAACCUUUUCUCCUGGCAACAUAUGGAUAUUGUUAGGAGAAAAUUGAUGUUGGUCACUGUUGGGACUCAAAGGGUUAAUUCUUUUUCCCCACUCUAUUUUAGCAUGCAAAUGAAGAUGUAGAAAAGAUGAUCCUUGGUAGCAGAUGUCAUAUGGAAGAUAGAAGAAUUGUCAGCAAGGAAAACGGG